AUGUUUUCGAUUGGUCUGUCAUCAGUGAUGGUUCCCAUUGUUCCAUAUAUAGAUGGACUCAAGUAUCCCACUGAUGCAAUACUGGUACAGGGACAAGCUAUGCCGGGGAACGUGGACAUGAGCGCUGUCGGCAAGACAAGAGGACUCGAGAUUUGGAGGAUCAACAAAUUCAAACUGGAACCGCUCCCAAAGGAAAACUACGGAGAAUUCUAUUCGGGAGAUGCGUAUGUUUGCCUUCACACCAAGAACAAGGACGAAUGGGAUGUCCAUUUUUGGCUUGGAGAGGAUGCAACCACCGACGAGAUGGGCACAGCGGCUAUAAAAACUGUUGAAAUGGAUCAGGCCUUGGCUGGUCUCCCCGUGCAGCACCGAGAAGUCCAGAACCAUGAAUCUUCUCUAUUCCUCUCGUAUUUCCCCGAUGGAAUUCGGUAUCUGAGCGGAGGUUACGAGUCUGGAUAUCACCAUGUGGAGGACAUGUUUAAGGAUUGGAAGCCGCGACUGUACCACUGUAAAGGAAAAAGAAACGUUCGAUGUGCUCAGGUGGAAUGCAAGAGUGAAUCGCUGAAUCUAGGAGAUGUAUUCAUUCUCGAUCUUGGACGUCAGCUCUACGUCUGGAUGCCUCCUGAGAGUGGUCGUUUGGAGAGAAUCAAGGGUAUGGCUUGCGCAAGGAAUAUCGCCCUGGUGGAUCGACAUGGUCAAGCGAAAGUAGACAUCCUAGACUCUGACUGGGAAGAGAACGAGACAUUCUGGUCACAUUUUGGUGGAGUGAGUGCUGUGAAAAAGAUUGCCAGAGCUAGAAAUGAUGACGAAAAUUACUGGAAGAGGACGUCCGAGAAAGUUACAUUGUACAAAGUAUCUGACUCUUCCGGAAGCAUGAAAGUCAGCAAAGUAGCUCAAGGUGAGAUCAAGCAGAGUGAACUGGACACCAAGGAUGCCUUUAUUCUUGACGCAGUAAAUGGAGGGAUUUUCGUAUGGUUAGGAAAAGGGUGCAAUAUUCAGGAACGUGGAAAAGCGUUGUUAUGGGGUGAAAAUUAUCUCAAACAACAGAAAUUGCCUCGUUGGACUCAAGUGACCAGUGUGUUGGAAGGUGUUGAACCUUCCUCUUUUACACAAUGGUUUGGCGACUGGGAAGAAGGAAAGAAAAAGAAGUCUUUCGAACCGCGACUCUUCCAAGUGUCAGAUGAAAGCGGAAAGUUAGUUGUGGAGGAGAUCGCCAAUUUCGAUCAGGAGAGCCUUGACGGGGAUGACGUGAUGAUUUUGGAUGCACUGAACUCAAUCUAUGUAUGGGUUGGAGCUGGAGCGAACCCUAAGGAAAAAGAAGGAGCACAAGACACUGCAAAAAAAUACCUUAAGCAAGGAGCACUUCCACGCCAUAAGGAUACAAUGGUCGAAACGAUCUAUCAGGGGAAGGAAACACCAACAUUUAAGAAAUUCUUCCGAAAAUGGGAUGACAAGUUAUUCCAGAACAAUGAACGAUCAGUGGCUAAUAUGAGGAAGCUUCUUUUCAAUUGA